AUGUCUCUCGGCAAGAAAGUCACUCUCAACUCCGGCCACCAGAUCCCCCAGCUGGGUUUUGGUACUUGGCAGUCUGCUCCUGGCAAAGUCGGCGAAGCUGUCUAUGAGGCAUUGAAGGCUGGUUACCGUCACCUGGAUUUGGCAACUAUUUACCAGAACCAGCGUGAGGUCGCCGAUGGCAUCAAGCGUGCUUAUAACGAUGUCCCUGGUCUGAAACGCGAGGAUAUCUUUAUUACCUCUAAACUGUGGAACAACCAGCACCGCCCGGAGGCUGUCGAGGCCGCUUUGGAUACUUGCCUUGCCGAGCUUGAGUUGGAUUAUCUUGACCUUUACCUUGUUCAUUGGCCGGUUGCCUUCGCGAAGGGCGAUUCAUACUUCCCGCUCGUUGCCAACAGCACCGUCGAGGGUGGUGAUGUGAUCAUUGAUGAUGACGUCUCUAUUGUGGAUACCUGGAAGGCCAUGACCAAACUCCCAAAAAGCAAGGCUCGUUCUGUUGGUGUCUCCAAUCAUAUGAUUGAGCAUCUCGAGGCUCUCAUUAAUGGCACCGGUGUCAUCCCUGCAGUCAAUCAGAUUGAGCGCCACCCCGUGCUCCAGAGCAAUGACUUGAUUGAGUACUGCCAACAUAAGGGAAUCCACAUCACUGCCUACUCGGCCUUUGGUAACAACAUGUUCGACAUUCCCCUGCUCAUCACCCGCCCUGAGGUUAAGGAAGUUGCCGAGUCUGUUUCAAAGCGCACUGGCCAGGAAGUCAGCCCUGCGCACGUCAUUCUCGCCUGGUCUCAGGUCGGUGGACAUAGUGUCAUUCCUAAGUCAGUCACGCCUUCGCGCAUUCGUGACAACUUCAAGGAGGUAGAACUCACUUCCGAAGAGGUUCAGAAGAUUGGCGUUCUUGGCCAGGACCGGAGACGUUAUAACAUUCCUUACGUGGCUAACAAGCCUCGCUGGAACAUCGAUGUCUUCGGCGAGCCCGAGGAGAAGCCCGCCGAUCACAAGGUCAUCCUAAGUGUUUAA